AAUUUAUUGUUGCACAUUUCUGAAGUCAGUGACUCAUCAAAGACAGUUAAUAAGAAGAAUGAUCCAAAUGGAUGCAGCAGAACCACAGAUCCUCCUUUUUAGUCCCAGAACAUCACUAAGUAUCAGCUCAUCAGGUUCCACACUCAUCUGGGUAACUUGGCAGAGUCCUCCCUAGAACAGGCCUUUGAAACAUGAGUCCAUGUCCCCUUUGUGGGAAAGUCCAAAGGACUUUGCUCUUCUGAAUAUAAAUAAAGGGAUGGAUGGACACAUGUGUUAAUUAGAGUUUGAACUGUUCAUAAAUAUGAAUGAAAUGAAUGAUUUACAUUCAAAUAUAGUGAAUAACAAACAUUUAACAGGUGAUAGAAGCACAUGAACAAAUCUUUAGUAGGUCAGAGUUUAAAUUGUUUAUGAUGAAGAACUCGCAUAAGAUAUUUAUGCAUUGGCUUGUAACAGUGUUACAGUGAAUUAUGAAGCAUUUAUUAGCUGUUUGCACAGAUGUGCAUGUGCAGCAGGUUUAAAACAGUUUGUAAAUCAAUUUAAAACAACUGAAAACAUGAUUAUCUGUAAUUCCAACAUUGUUACCUGUGUUAUACAGUAGAAUAGGACUGGUCUUAUACCAAGCACUUUGACACUUUUUCAAACUCCAAAAAGUGAAAUUAGCUUUUUUAGCUCAAGUAGAUUAAAGUGCUCAGAAGAAUAAUGAGCAAAAUGUAAAAGCCCAAUAAAACAAGAAGAGAAACUGGUUUGUGGUUUUAUCUGAUGGAAGCAGAAAGAAAAGGAGUUAUUAUCUGUAACUGAUCAAAUGGAAAAAACUAUUGUUCUCUGCUCAUUUUAGUUUUCAGUCGUCUUUGUCUUAUUCUUCACAGAUACUUAUGAUCAAAGUCUUCAGUGGAAAUACCCUGAGGUGUCAUCCAAGAGAGUAUCAGAUAGAGGAUGAAUGCUGUCCUAUGUGUCCUCCUGGAGGUCACGUUCAAACAGAUUGUACAGAGUUCAGAAGUAUUUCCUGUUUGCCCUGCAUGGAUGGAUCCUUCAUGAAUAAACCUACUGGACUUAAACAGUGUUUUCCCUGCAGAGACUGUGAUGCAGGUUCUGGUCUGAAGAUAAAGACUUCAUGCACAGCAACCUCAGAUACACUUUGUGAACCACUGGAAGGAUUCUACUGUAUAGACUUCACAGAGAACCACUGUGUGGCAGCACAGAAACACAGCAGCUGUCAAAAAGGACAAUACAUCAGGGAGAAAGGAACAGCCCUCAGAGACACUGUGUGCUCUGACUGCAGUGGGGGAACAUUUUCAGAUGGGACAUUUCCAUCUUGUCAGCCACACACACAAUGUCAAUCAGAAAACCUUCAGCUGAUAAGAGCAGGAACUGCUUCAACUGAUGCUGAAUGUGGACCACACAGUUCAUAUGGGACAGUGAUUCUGAUCAGUGUUGGAGUUUUUUUUAUCAUUUAUUUGUAUACUUCCCUCUAUAGUUUCCUUUGUCAGGAAGAAGAAAACACGUCUAAGAGGAAACAAAGGAAAUGGAAGCAGACAGACAGAGGAAAACUCAGCUGGAUCACAACCAAUACUGACAGGUGGAGAGUGAACAGCAGCAGCAGCAGGAGACGACCUGGACAUCAGCAGAAGCGACUGUGACACUUAAAAGACAGUUUUUUGUUCUUUUUGUUCGUUGUUUUUUUUUUUUUUUACAAACAGACACCCACUGUAACUGCUUUUCCUCAAAUUGUUUCAAUACCUUUUUGAGGCACAGCUCCAUGUUGCAGUGGCUGCAAAUUUUCUUGGCACAGGGUAGAAGGCCUUUGUAAUAAGGGCUUGUGUUUUGGUUGCUUCCCCUGGCAUUACAAAAAACAACAGACUGACACUGAGCGUACAAAACGAUGCUGUGUGUGGUGCUUAUCUUAGCCUGUUUUACUGUUUAAUUCUUCACUCACUCUCAUUCAGAGUGGAGGAAGUAUUCAGAUUGUUUAUUUGUUUAAAAGUACCAAUGCAUUAAUGUAAAAUACUGUACAACAAGUACAUCAGUGUUUUCAGCUUGAUGUGGUUACAGUAAGUAAAGUACUGGUUUGGUCCCUCUGACUGAUGUAUAUGACAUUAUUAGAUGACUCAUACUGAAGGAUCAGUGUAUCAGCAGUAAGUUAGUGUUGUAGCUGCUGGAGGUGAAGCCAGUUUGAACUACAGUCUGAUAGUUUAGUCCAGUGGUUCCCAACCUAAGGGUCGGGCCCCUCCAAAGGGUCAACAGAUAAAUCUGAGUAGUUGUGAGAUGAUUAAUGUGAGAGGAAAGAAGAAAAAACAAAGUUCUGAUACACAAAUCUGUUUUCAGUGUUUGGACUUUUUACUCUAAUCUGAAUCUGAUUUCUUUUUUUUUUAAACAAUAUCUAUAUUGUAUUUCAGUAUACGUAUUAGUUAAACAUUCAUUUGUACAAUGUUGUUUUGAGAAAAUACAUUCAUUACCCCCCUCCUUUCCCCACCGAAUAUGAACAGAACAUAACAUACUUCACUCUCUCAUUCUCACGUUAUUAAGAUAAUAAAUGGAAAACAAAAUUAUAUAUAAGACAAAUAAUAAAAACACAUAAUUAAAUACAAGUAUAUGUGGUACUAUAACAUGUACAACUUUGUUGUAUUAUACAUAAACAGCACUCUCAACUAUUGUUGACAUUAAAACAUCCCAGACCAAAAGAAUAAUAAAACGAUACACAAUGCACCCUAAUGAACUGCCCUACACCUCCUGUAUAAAUUGUCCAAUGUCCGCAUCUUUAAUAAAAUGUCUAAAGGGUUUCCA